UGUACAGAUAACCAGUCUGAAUUCCCAUCUUUGGGGGGGAGGAUUAGAUUCUUUAGAGAGGAACCGCUUUUGGCGUUUAGGUUUUUUUUUUUCUCUCUGAAUUAAAAGGCACUUUACGAAUCGGAGGCGCUUCUGCACAUUUGACUGUGGCUUGUGGAACUGCGCAGGGCGUUUAGCGCACAGGUAUUGGUGGCGGGACAGUUGCAGAGAGAUUCAACAAGCAUGGAAGAGCGUUCGUUCCAGCGAGCUGAGUGACAGGACACUGAGAUAAAAAGGCUGUGCGCAAAGUAGGUUCACAGAGGGAAACAGUGUGAACGGGGAUGCUGGCACAGUGAGACAGCAUGCGGGUCACGUGGUCAGGCAUCACUCUGUUCACCGUCUCUGCUCUGCUGGGAUUGGCCGGCUCCGAGCCUCCGGAAGAGUCCAUCGCUGCAGAUAUGACUGCACGGAACGGGGCCACCACAAGUAUUCCGAACUCCGACCGUGACAACUCUGAGGACAACUCACCUGGUUACACAGGAUCGCGCCUCCGGCAGGAGGACUCCCCCCCGCGGAUCGUGGAGCAUCCGUCGGACCUGAUCGUGUCGAAGGGCGAGCCGGCCACCCUGAACUGCAAGGCGGAGGGCCGGCCGGCCCCCACCGUGGAGUGGUACAAGGACGGCGAGCGCGUGGAGACGGACCGGGACAACCCGCGCUCGCACCGCAUGCUUCUGCCCAGCGGCUCGCUCUUCUUCCUGCGCAUCGUGCACGGCCGGCGCAGCAAGCCCGACGACGGCAGCUACGUGUGCGUGGCCAGGAACUACCUGGGCGAGGCCGUCAGCCACAACGCCUCGCUGGAGGUGGCCAUCCUGCGCGAUGAGUUCCGGCAGAACCCCGCCGACGUGAUGGUGGCGGAGGGCGAGCCGGCUGUGCUGGAGUGCCAGCCGCCCCGCGGUCACCCCGAGCCCACCAUCUCCUGGAGGAAGGAUGGCGCCAACAUCGACGACCGAGACGAGCGCAUCACGAUCCGAAGCGGCAAGCUGAUGAUCACCAAUGCCAGGAAGAGCGACGCAGGGAAGUACAUCUGCGUGGGCACCAACAUGGUGGGCGAGCGAGAGAGCGAGAUUGCCGAGCUCACGGUGCUGGAGAGGCCCAGCUUCACCAGGAGGCCCACCAGCGUGGUGGUCCUGGCCGACGAGAGCGUGGAGUUCCGCUGCGAGGCGCGCGGCGAUCCCUUUCCCACCGUCCGGUGGAGGAAGGAGGACGGCGAGCUGCCCAGGGGGAGGUAUGAGAUCCUGGAGGACCACACUCUGAGUCUGCGCCGGGUGACCCCCGCCGACGUGGGCUCCUACAGCUGCCUCGCCGAGAACAUGAUGGGCAAGGCCGAGGCUUCCGCCUCGCUGACCGUGCAUGUCGUGUCUGUGCCCCCUGCGUUUGUGGUGCGGCCCAGGAACCAGGUGGUGGGCGUGGGCCGGACGGUCACCUUCCAGUGUGAGGCCACGGGUAACCCCCAGCCGGCCAUCUUCUGGCAGAGGGAUGGCAGCCAGAACCUGCUCUUCUCCUACCAGCCUCCACAGCCCUCCAGCCGCUUCUCGGUGUCACAGACGGGCGACCUGACCAUCAUGGGCGUGCAGCGCGCAGACAGCGCCCUCUACAGCUGCCAGGCACUCAACAUCGCCGGCAGCGUGAUCACCAAGGCCCUGCUGGAGGUCACGGACGUGGUGUCGGACCGGCCUCCGCCGGUGAUCCGGCAGGGCCCGGAGAACCGGACGGCGUCCGUGGACAGCACGGUGCUGCUGAGCUGUCUGGCCACGGGCACUCCCCUGCCCACCCUACUGUGGAGGAAGGACGGAAUGCUGGUGUCCACGCACGACUCCCGCGUCUCCCAGCUGGACGGAGGAGGCCUUCAGAUCCGCUACGCCAAGCUCGAGGACAGCGGCUUGUACACCUGCGUGGCUUCCAGUCCCAGCGGUGAAGCCUCGUGGAAGGCCUACCUGACUGUGGAAGAGUUCGGAAUAGCUGCGCAGCCUGGCAGGCCCACUGAUCCCAACCUCAUCCCCAGUGCACCCUCCAAGCCGGAGGUAACCGACGUCACGCGCUUCUCCGUCACCCUGACCUGGAAGGCCAGCCUUAAUGGAGCCACGCCCACGUCCUACGUCAUCGAGGGUUUCAGCCAUGCGUCAGGGAGUAGCUGGGUGACGCUGGCCGACCACGUAAAGACUGAGUCCUAUGUCCUGAAGGGACUGAAGCCCGGGGCGGUGUAUCUCUUCCUGGUGAGGGCGACCAACGCCUACGGCCUGAGUGACCCCAGCCCCAUCACGGACGCCAUCCGGACCCAAGACACCCCUCCCACCAUCCAGGGUGUGGACCACCGUCAGAUCCAGAAGGAGCUAGGGGAUGUGGUGAUUCGCCUGCACAAGCCCACCAUCCUGUCCUCCUCCUCAGUACGGGUGCAGUGGACGGUGGAGCAGCAGUCUCAAUACAUCCAGGGAUACAAGGUCAUGUACCGGCCCUCGACGGAGUCGGGAGAGCCGCGCGGCCAGUGGGGGGUGUUUGAGGUGCGUGUGUCUGGCGAGGAGGGCGCCGUAGUGCCGCAGCUGAAGAAGGGCGUCACCUACGAGUUCAAAGUGCGCCCGUUUUUCGACGAGUUCCAGGGCGCUGACAGCGAGGUGAAGAUAGCCAGGACGCUGGAGGAGGCUCCUAGUGGUGCCCCACGUGGGGUGACAGUGACCAAGAGUGAUUCCAAUGGGACAGCCAUCCUGGUCGCCUGGCAACCGCCUCCUGAAGAAGAGCGGAAUGGAGUGGUCCAGGAGUACAAGAUUUGGUGCCUUGGCAAUGAAAGUCGUUACCAUGUCAACCGGACGGUGGAUGGUUCCACCUUUUCCAUUGUCAUUCCCAGCCUGUCGCCCGGCAUCCGCUACAGUGUGGAAGUCGCUGCUAGCAACGGGGCUGGCCCGGGGGUCAAGAGCGAUGUCACCUUUUUUCAGCUGGACUCCUCUGGCCAGAUGGUGGACGGCGCAGACGACCAGGACGCUCUCUCUCACCUCUCGGACGUGGUGAAGCAGCCGGCCUUCAUCGCGGGGAUUGGCGCCACCUGCUGGGUGGUGCUCAUGGUCUUUAGUGUGUGGCUGUACCGCCACCGCAAGAAGAGGACCGGCCUGAGCAGCAGCAGCUACGCUGGCAUUCGCAAAGUUCCAUCAUUCACCUUCACCCCAACAGUGGCCUAUCAGAGAGGAGGAGACGCUGUUUGCAGUGCUGGAAGGCCUGGUCUGCUCAACAUGGGCGAGGCAACCAAUCAGCCGUGGCUGGCCGACUCCUGGCCCAACGCCUGCACCAAUCACAAAGACUGCAGCAUCAACUGCUGCAACGGAGGCAACGGCACCAGCGACAGCAACCUGACCACCUACAGUCGCCCAGCCGACUGCAUUGCUAACUACAGCAGCCAGCUGGACAACAAGCCGGGAGUUCUGCUGGGCUCCGACUCCGCGGUGUACAGCGACGUGGACCUGUCCAACAAGCUCAACGAGAUGAAGACGUUCAACAACCCCACUCUCUGCUACAUGGGCUCUGGGGGAGGACCACCCACUCCGUAUGAGCCCACCCCUUACGCCACGACCCAGCUCAUCCAGUCAAACAUCAUGAUCAAGAACAGCGGGGUGGGGCCAGGGCCCGGCGACUUCAACGACAAACGCUGGAAGGCGCUGCAGCCGAAGCCCCCGGAAAUGACGUCGUCGCUGCAGUUCAACAUCGUGGAGCAGAACAAAGAUCACUACCUGCCUCCCACCAUCUCCUACAGCCAGGCUAAUGAGCACGGCUCCGCGGGGUCCUACCACAGCUCAGACAGAGCCAGCAAUAGCACGUCGGGGAGUCAAAAUCAUAAAAAAGGUACUCGAACCCCCAAAAUGUCCAAACAAAGUGCAGUGAACUGGGCUGAACCACUACCACCUCCCGGCUUGAACCCCCCGGCUAGCCGCAGCUGUGAGGACUACCUACAGCCCAUGGACAAGAGUUUUGAACCAGACCCACAGUGCCCGAUGCUUCAGGGUCGCAUGUACCUACACCAAGGCGAGAUGGAGGAGGAGGAAGAGCAGGAGGGCCUGGACAGGUGCCCCACCCCACCCGUCAGAGGGGCGGCAUCCUCUCCUGCCGCAAUGUCCUACGGUCACCAAUCCACAGCCACACUCACCCCAUCCCCCCAGGGAGACCUCCACCCAGGCCUGCACGGCAACCACGGGGAACUCAGACGGCACGCGGCCAGCCCACCUCUGCACCCCAGGCCUCCGUCCCCCUCGCACAACUACGGCUACAUCUCGGGCCCGCCGGACGAGGAGGCAGACGAGGACGAGGCCGAGGGGGCCGAGGGCGAGGCCGGGCGGCGCCGGCGCCGGACGCAGCAGCACCAGGCGGCGGCGAGCCAAGGGGGCCAGCGGGAGCAGUUCCCCCGCCGUCUGCAGCUGCACAGGGGCCUGGAGCAGACGCCGGCCUCCAGCACGGGCGACCUGGAGAGCUCCGUCACGGGCUCCAUGAUCAACGGCUGGGGCUCGGCCUCCGAGGAGGACAACGUCUCGUCGGGCCGCUCCAGCGCCGUCAGCUCCUCCGACGGCUCCUUCUUCACCGACGCCGACUUCGCCCAGGCCGUCGCUACGGCGGCCGAGUACGCCGGCCUGCGGGUGGCCCGCGGCCCGGGGGCGGGGCCUGAUGAUGUCGGAGGCGGGGGUCCGAAAUACCACAUCGGCCCCCGGCCGAGUAGCCCAGUGUCCACGGACAGCAACAUGAGUGCAGUGGUGAAGCAGAGGAAACCACACAAAAGGCACAAGCAGCACUCGACUGCGCCCCAGGGCCAGCAGCGGCAGCCCCCACAGGAAGGCGCAGACGAUCCGUGCCUGCCCCUGAGCCCCUCGUCGGCAGGCCCGAAGUCUCCCAGCCACGGCUCCAGGUGUGGCUACGAGGAGAAGGGCGCCACGCUGCCCAGGAUGGGCUGCGGUGAGGCCAGAGGCAGGAGGGGGAGCGCGGGGGGCUACCGCACACGAGAGGGCUCCGCCGAGCGGCGAGGGGACCACGACAGACACCGCGUGCCACACGGGGGCAAGGGCAAAGCCCGCCCACACGCAGCGGCGGAAGAUGUACCCCCAUACAGCCAGCCCUACUUCCCCACAGCACAGAGCCAGAAGGAGGCGGCCGGCUCCUCCGGCUCCGCCUCCUCCCGGGGGUCCGGGGGUCGCCGGCGGGGGGACGCGGAUCCUGGGGGACGCAGGAACCCCAACGACCCGGGACUCCACUGCAUGGGCACCUUUUCACACCAGGAGGAAGAGCUAGAGCUUCUCGAGAGCUGAGGGUUCAACCAGGAUGAGAGAAAGCAUACUGAUGUUCCACAACCCCAAGUGGAAAUCCAUCUUCCAACUGUGGACCAUGUACGACUCAGACCAUCUGCAGUUAUUCACAAUUAUGUAAAUGAUCUGAUUUGUCUUAACAGGAAAAAAAAAACUGACCAAUGUGUACUGUUUUAAUUUUUUUUUAGUAUCUAUUUUCAAUAUUUAAUCUUCCCACAGAGAGCAAAUAAGAAACAAUCAAACGUUUCUCUUGCUUUGAGUAGGUGAUUCUGUUCUGAAGCCCCAGUGCAUUGUGGGAGUUAGCGGCGAGCAGGUGUGCUCGACACCCUGCUGCCCACAGCCUUGUAAUCCUCUGGUGCAAGUGUUCUGGAAACUGCAUGAGAGAACAGUGGGCCAUUACUAGUACAAACAAGUUCCUUUUACCCUUAAACUGUGAUCCAGUACUACAGUGUGGUCCAUCCUCUCCCUGCUCGCCAAACGCGUGCUCUGCUAAUGCUGAAGUUGGGCACAAGGCUGGCUAUUGUAAAUUUGCCAAAUCACUGGGUCAUUGAAAGAAGUGAUGCCAUGGGAUCUUUUUUCUAAUGCACUGUUGUCAUUUUGUUAUCGAUGUCGUUAUCGUUAGUGUUUUUUCUUUUUCUUUUGUUUGCUUUGUCUUUUCUUAAAAAAAAAAUAUUGGUUUCAAAAGCACAAUCACUAAACGUUUUGUUUUAAACCAUCCUUAUAUAUGAAGCGCUCCGCAUUAUAUGAGGGGCAGUGAAAAACGGAGUCUUGCUAAGCAUGGUGUUUAAGAUGGGAUAAGAGAAUAGGCUUUUUUUGGGGUUUGUUUUAUUUCUGCAAACAAACGAGAUGGAAAUGAAAGCCGUGUCAUCACGUGACCCGAAAGGGUGUAGACCGGGAAGCGAGCAACCCGUCACCUCAUCGACGGUGACGUCACACGCGAUGAGACAAGCGUCCGCGAAAUAAGGCCAUCUGCCAUGGGCAGCACCUUCAGGCCCUGGAAUGCUCGGGUCAGGAGCGUCCUUUCCGUGUUGGAUCGCGGGGAGGAGCGACAACCCCAAAAGAGGUUCCGACGAGUAAUCCCUCCACAAGCACGCGGCGAAAGCCAUCCCGCCGAGCGAGUGCCUGGGAUGUACAAGAGGAACAGAGGACUCCAUCAUGGGGGCUGAAAUGUGAAAUGAGGGAUUGAUUCCUGCGAGCACCCAGAGCUGCUUCCACGGUCCCCAUCCACCGUAUUGCAGUCUGUUUUGUUUUGUUUUUGUUUGUUUUGGGGGUUUUUUGGGGGGGGGGGGUUGUAUUGUUUGUUUGGAUUGAUGAACAAUGUCUGUGAGAAUAUGUUCUCUGAAAAAUACCCUGUGCUGUCCAUCAUUGUUUGGUGUUUACUAUGUUAAGGAAAAAAAACUACCAACUGCUUUAAAUUGUCAGCCAUAACUUUUCAUGACUGAUGAUCUCAUAUUUAGAGUAAAAUAAACAUUGUCAUUUCCCACCUUAUUUAUUAUUAAAACAUUUUUCAAAUGCA